UUGGUUUUUAUUUAUUUUCUCUUUUUUUUUUUUGAGGGGGAUUUCCUGCGUCUUUUCCUCAGUCCUCGGAACGAGGAAAGACAGGACAAGAGAACUCUCGGAUUCGUUCGCCCUCGCCGCCAAGCCCUUCACCUCUCAACCUGACAUCACAUUAUAUACCAUCAUCUCCUACCUCCCCUACUGGAACCUACUAAGCUUCUAAGCGAUUGAGAAGACGCCAGCGGAUAGUCAUGGCUGCCCUCCAAGAGUUGGGGCAAUCUUCAGUCCUCGCCACCAAUUCUUCGGAGACGGCGUUAUGUCUCGUCCCACCUAAGCAUCUAUGGCCAGCUGUGGAGAAUCUAAGGUCGAGGUACGAUGCCCAAGUUGGGAAAUGGCCGCCGCAUGUCAACCUCGUUUAUCCAUUCGUACCCGUGGACAGGCUGCCAAACGCCUUGGAACUCAUCCUUUCUCGCCUACGGACGCGAAAUGGAAAUAACGAGUUGUACAUGCGACUGGACACGCCCGGCGUCUUCCGCCAUGCGCGGAAGAACACCAUAUUCAUCCACGAUCAGGACCCUGAGCACGUUUUAGGACUGGUAAAGCUGAGAGAAAUCAUCCUAGAAGCGCUAGGGCAGACUCCGAACGAUUAUCAUAUGCAUAUGACCGUCGCACAGACUGAAGACCCGGAUUUGCCGCCUCACAUCUACACACUCGAAAAAGCCGGGUUGUUACCUACGCUGGAGUGGAUAGUCGAUAGGCUUUAUGUCCUUAUACGGGACAGGAACCGGGGUGAUGGGGACUCCCCGACCCAGAUGAAAGUCUGGGGGGAGAUUGAUCUUGCUUCUCUCACCUUGUCGCCACGACCUAGCCCCACAAGCUUUUACCAGGAUGAAUCGACAGAGGGCCACUAUAGGCUCCGUAAGCUCGACGCUAUAUCGACAAGUAACCACCUAGAUCGAGCCGCAUAUACAUUCUCUCUGGUCGAGAACAGGUGGAUAUCCCGCCCGGUCGGCUCCCCGUCUCAACAAGAACCGGCCCCAGAAACCCUAACGGUUGCUAGUUAUAAUGUUCAAGCCGAGUUCCAGUAUCCACCGACCCGUGCUCGGUAUCCUAUUAUCGUCAAUAAUCUCCUAGAACAACACGCUCUAGCAGAUGUCUUGAUACUAGAAGAGGUUACCGAUGACUUCUUAUCUCAUCUUUGCGGAAACGAGGGAGUACGCCAACAUUACGGGUUCGUUUCGGCCGGGCCGCCCAGCCAAGCUGACAUUGAACCGCUUCCCAAUCAUCUCAACGUGGUUGUAUUAAGCAAAUGGUAUUUUUCUUGGGCUUUACUAUCGUCACCAACGGCCUAUAAAGACGUCGUGGUCGCACGGUUCGACAAUAUCGGGAGGCGUGACGGGGAGGUAUUUCUCCCCGUCAUUCUGACCGCCAUCCACCUAACUUCCGGGUUUACAAAUGCCUCCGUCGACAAGAAGAAGCAGGAACUACAAUCCAUCCUCAAAUAUCUUUCCAGGGUCCACCCCCAAAACCCGUGGGUGCUAGCUGGGGAUUUUAACGUCACGAGUAGCGUAUACACGGUCGAAACAGCGUUACGGAGAAAGGAAAUCUCUGCCCGCACCAAAAGUUCUCUAAGUACUAUCGAUGUGAUGCUCGCCGAAUAUGGGCUAGUAGACACUUGGGCUUACGCGUACGUCCAGUACGGCGACUCAUCCGGGUUAUCUCAGGGCAAAGGACUCGAUGGCAAAGCUCUAGGGGGCGAACAAGGCGCGACUUUCGAUCCCACCAUCAACAAUCUCGCCGCGGAUUCCGUUCGUGGGGAUUUCGAAAAGAGGCCCCAGCGCUACGACAGGAUCCUGGCGAAAGUACAAGGUGCCUUGGAUAUUAUGAGUUUCAGCAUGUUUGGCCAGAGCAUGGGUACUUUGCAGCCCCUUUCUACGAUCAGCAAGGACGGCGAUGGCUCGCGUGGCUCACUUUCAUACGGAAGUGACCACUGGGGAAUCCGGUGUUCUUUCAAUAUAUGUUCAGAAACGCCAGCCCAACUAGCCGAGCACGCCAAUUCUGUCCCGGUGAAGUUCAAACCAGCGUCAGGGACUCUCGCUGACAUCUCCCAACUGACGGCAUGCCUUUCUAACCACUCGGUUUUCCCUUCUGAAGUCGAUGCCACCCUGCGGGAAACUGCGCUAAAAUUACUUCGCGAAGUUUUAAUACAGAGGGAAGGCGCCCAGACCCGCGGCCUCCCACCAUUGGUGAUAGUGCCCGUAGGGUCUUACGGGCUCGGGGUCUGGACGGCGUCGUCGGAUAUCGACUGCCUCUGCAUAGGAUCCAUUAGCUCGAAUACAUUCUUCGCCCUGGCUAUCCAGCGACUUCGCGCAGCCGCCCAACAGGGGGUCAAGAUUCUUCGACGGGUUGACGCGAACUCGGGCACAAUGCUCGAGCUAGAAGUCGGGGGUAUUAAGAUGGACCUACAGUACUGCCCGGCGGGGUUCAUCGCCUCGACCUGGCCCGCUGCUGCGACACUCCCGUCGACGGACCCCGCCUUCAGGUUAUCGACGAGCGUCCUCGCAAAAUUGAAACCCAUGCGCGACCUGUAUUAUCUCUUGCGCACAGUUCCAGAUCUCGCUGCCUUCAAGCUCGCACAUCAGCUUGUUAAGUAUUGGGCGGGAAGACGCGGGAUCUACGCCGCGAAAUUCGGAUACCUUAAUGGCAUCCAGAUUUCCGUACUGUUGUCGCGAGUGCACAAGUCAUUGUCACGCGAUGGUCGGCCCGUCUCUGUCCCAACGAUCCUCACAACCUUCUUUGAGCACUACGCGAGCUUUGAUUGGAAGAAGGAGGUUGUUUUCGAUCCUUUUUUCCAUAAACGCCUAGGCUAUGUGAGGACGGCGCGGGAGCCUAUGGCGAUCCUCGGUUUCCACGGGCCCGGCCUCAACACGGCGCAAGCAGCAUCAGUUCCUACAGUCCACGUGAUUUCGCGGGAAUUCGAAAGAGCAAACACGCUCUUGUCUCGGGAGGGGGUGUCGUGGCCAAACUUCCUAGGGGAUGACACGGGCGCAGCCGAGUUCCUGAGUACCUACCGCAGCUAUAUCAAAAUCACCGCCCAAUUUUGGGGAAUAUCAUUGGCAAAAGGAAAUGGGUUCGUCGGCUGGUUAGAGUCCAGAUGUGCCCUGCUUCUAGUCGAUCUGAAUAAGAGUAUCCCUCAGAUCAAGCCUAGAAUCUGGCCGGCACGAUUCGUAGACCGGGAGGCCUCGGGAGGGGAUACGGAAUACCAGGGGUACUACCUCAUUGGCCUAGAUGCCAAAAGUUCCGACAGCGAGCUUCCCGCUCUAACCUUGGGAAGUGUGCAAACAGCACUCUACAAAUUCGAGGACCAGAUACGCGGCGAUGCGAAGUACUUCGAUGCCAAGACAUGCUGGGUGAGUGCAACGGUUGCUGCACACGGCGAGGUUGAAACGCUGCGGGUCGACGACCGCGAGUGGGGCAAGUACACGGCGGAAGCAGAGGACGACGACAUAGGAGACGCGGAGUUCUGGGCGUCGGUAGAGGCCGGAGAAGAAGCGGGAGAGGGGUACGAAGAACAGGAGUCGUCGCUCGGCGAAGCGGGCCGGCGGAAGAAAGGGGGCGCGCGCCCGCUGGCCGUGCGACCGGCGUACGAGGGGAAGUUUCGGUCGGCGGGGGACGUGCUGAGCAGGCUGCGGUGGGAUCCGGCGAUGGACAGCGGGGACUACCUGGUCGGGUACGAGGACAGGUUCGCGGGGGCGAUGGAGCGGCCGGUGGACGCGUGGAAGUCGGAGACGACGGACGAGGAGUUCAUCCCGGAGCAUCGGAUCAUGUACUUCAAGCGCCGGAGCGACGGGGCGAUGGUCUGGGACCGCGAGAAGCGGCGCGACGACAUCUUUGGCAGCGGGAUCAGCAGCCUUCCCAAUCGCGCUGGCACGAGUUAGGCGGCGGCGGCAUCACAUCCAACCCUAGUCCGGCACCACUCUCCCCCAUCCCCCAUUGACGUCACUUUUCGUCUCUGUUUCUCUUUAUAAAUCCAUCAUCCCUCCUACGGCGAUCCUAGUCUGUUGCGACCUGCAUGCGAGACAAGG